AUGUACGCAGCAGGAGAGGAUCUAAAGAGAUACUUAAUCGUACCUCCUUCCUCUUCUCCAUCAUCUUCAAGUCCGGCUGCCAGCGAUUCGAGAAUAUCAGUUUCUGCUCACGUUGGCACGGAUGCAAGAUACGAUCGACAAGGCUCCUACGACAAGGCUGAGAAGCACACGAUGGGAGUCGAUGCACCUACCCAACCGCCAACACUUGGGUCUGCGCAUGUAGAGGACCCCAUGAGUAGUAGUACUCCGCUUGAUGGCGUUUUUAAGAUUGACGACUUCUUGAACAAGCACAAGGACGCGCAUCAAGCUCAGAUGCUCGCCCGCGAAGCCAAACAUGCUCCCACUGCUGGCCCUCCUUCGAAGAAGACCAAGGCCAACGACAACGUUGCUCCACUAAAGCCUGUAGCAGUUGGUGCGCGUUCAUCAAAGCACACCAUACUCCUUCAUGAAAAGUACCAGGUCCUCGGCAUCCCGCAACCGCUGUUCCAUUAUGGAGGGGGCGGUGAGACUGGAUGGAGUGUUUCUGUUAGCUUCCCGGGUCUGGACGAUGCAGAUGAGUUGCAAGGGCUGAGUGAAGAGAAGAGGUUCAAUAGCAAGCAGGAGGCUAAAGAGGCUAUGAGCCAGAAGGCGUUGGCAGUGCUAGACGAGUUGGAGAAACAGGGAAGGGUUCAGAAGGGGGGUAAGAGUAAGAAUAAGAAGGAUGCUGGUGGACAGGUUGUGCAGCAGGUCAAGGAGGAGAAGGUGCCUGGAGAGAACUAUGUUGGUCAGCUUCUUGAGUUUCAGCGCGCCACUGGCUCACCUCAGCCCACAUACACUGACUACCAAUCUGGUCAGCGCUUUGCCUGCCUAGUUACCAUAGAGGGCCAGGGACAGGAGUUCGGUUCCAUCGAGAGCCUCUUUACAUCCAAGAAAGCUGCGCGUCAAGACGCCGCCCGUCAUGCCGUCGAGCACUUCAAAUCUAUCGGCACCUGGCCCGACGACGCGACUGCCGUUGGCGGCAUCAAGAAGAAGAAGAAGAAGAAAGCCCAACCCGGCAUUCCCGAGAUGGUGUCGAUAUCAACACCAGACCGUACCCCUUCCAUAGCAUCUACAUCGACCACCUCCCCGGGUACCAUGAGCUUCGCCCAACAAGUCGCUAGCCUAGCUGUCAUCCUCGCCCUACCCACUCCAGAGUGGCAGUACACUUCCCACCCCAAUGACCCCAACUUCCACACAGUAUCCUGUUUCUUCCGCGGCCAAGGCCCACACGAAGGACCCAUUGGCGAAGUCCGUAACAUCUACGGCAAGAAAAAGGCCAAAGAAGAGUGUGCGAGACUUACACUGGACUAUCUUAAGGAAGUCAGGGAGAAGCGUGUUGCCUAUGGUGCGGAGGUGAUGAAAGGCAUUACUGGCGCUGAGGGUGUGCUUGCUGCUGCUGCAGGGAAGCCAGUUGAGGACGAGGAGAAGAAUGUAAGGGAGGAUGUGGCGGCUAUGAGGCAGUUUGAGAGGGAGAUGGAGGAGAGUAGUGAGGAGGACGAGGAGAUGUUUGCUGAUGCGAUGGAGGGUUAG